UCCGGUGAAAUUUUUUUUUGUCUAUCCGUACCGUUCGAGAGAAACAAAAUGGUUUCUCAAAUUUGAUUAUUACAUUUACCAGACCCCCCCAGAAAAACCCUAGUUAUUGGGGAUUUGGGGAAUCCUAUUCCUCACUAUUCAAGGUCAUGGCUACAAAGAAGAUAAUAGCAAUUUGUCAAUCUGGAGGUGAAUUUGAGACUGAAAAUGAUGGCUCAUUGUCGUAUAGAGGUGGAGAUGCUCAUGCAAUAGACAUUGAUGAUCAGAUGAAGUUCAGUGACUUCAAGAUGGAAGUAGCAGAAAUGUUUAAUUGUAGCUUUGGUGCUAUGUCUAUCAAAUACUUCCUCCCUGGUAAUAGAAAGACUCUCAUUACUGUCUCCAAUGACAAGGAUUUAGAACGGAUGAUAAAAUUUCAUGGGGAUUCUAUAACUGCUGAUGUGUAUAUCGUAAUGGAAGAAAAUGGAGCUGAUGAUGUUUCUAACAUGUCAGAUAGUAGGUCAAGUAGAACAACUUUGUCUGAAGCAGUGCCUCCACUUGAGUUACCUCUAGAUGUUGUGGAUGAUACCACUCAACCCAAUAUUCCUGUUGGUGCCCCUCUUGAUAUUGAUGGCACCAACCAUAUUGAUGCACACUUUAAUUUGCCACCUGAGGUUUUGUCUGUUCGUCCUCUUUCUGUUGUUCCCUAUGAGAAGCAUGCUAAAGCUGCUGAGCAGUGGCAGGAUACAAUUACAGGGGUGGGGCAAAGAUUCAGUACUGUUCAUGAAUUUCGUGAGACAUUGCGUAAAUAUGCCAUUGCACAUCAGUUUGCAUUUAAGUAUAAAAAGAAUGAUAGCCAUCGUGUGACUGUUAAGUGCAAAGCUGAAGGUUGCCCUUGGAGAAUUCAUGCAUCAAGGUUGUCGGCCACUCAGCUUAGUAUAUGUAUCAAGACGAUGAAUCCAACACAUACUUGCGGAGGGUCCGCUGUGACAGUUGGGCAUCAAAGCUGGGUAGCCAGUAUUAUCAAGGAGAAGUUGAAAAUUUUUCCAGAUUACAAACCCAAGGACAUUGUAAAUGACAUUAAACAAGAAUAUGGAAUACAACUGAACUACUGCCAGGCUUGGCGUGGGAAAGAAAUUGCCAAGGAGCAGCUUCAGGGUUCAUAUAAGGAUGCAUAUAGUCAGUUGCCAUUUUUGUGUGACAAGAUAAUGGAGACCAAUCCUGGCAGUCUUGCUACAUUCACCACUAAGGAAGACUCGAGUUUCCAACGCCUCUUCAUCGCAUUCCAUGCCUCUUUGAGCGGUUUCGUACAAGGUUGCAGGCCUCUCCUUUUCCUUGAUAGCAUACCAUUGAAGUCCAAAUAUCAAGGCAUAUUGUUGACAGCAACUGCUGCAGAUGGAAAUGACUCUGUAUUUCCUGUUGCUUUUGCUUUUGUAGAUGCAGAAACCAAUGAUAAUUGGCAUUGGUUUUUAUCACAACUAAAAUCAGCUCUGUCAACAUCUUGUCCUCUAACAUUUGUUGCAGACAGACAGAAGGGUUUGCGGGAGUCAAUCUCUGAAAUUUUCAAGGAUUCCUAUCAUGGUUAUUGUCUGCACUAUUUAACUGAGCAACUCAUUAGAGACUUGAAAGGGCAGUUUUCUCGUGAUGUUAAAGGUAUCAUGAUUGAAGACCUUUAUCGUGCAGCUUUUGCACCUAGACCUGAAGAGUUUCAUAAGAUUACUGAGGGCAUCAAAAGUCUUUCACUGGAAGCUUACAAUUGGAUCAUGCAAAGUGAGCCCCAGAAUUGGGCAAAUUCACUUUUCCAGGGUGCCAGAUAUAACCAUAUGAAAUCAAACUUUGGUGAACUCUUUUACAGCUGGGCAUCAGAUGCAGAUGAAUUACCUAUAACACAGAUGGUUGAUGUCAUACGGGGAGAGAUUAUGGAGUUAAUUUAUUUCCGUAGGACCGAUUCUGAUCAGUGGUUAACAAGGCUGACUCCAUCCAUGGAGGAAAAGCUGGAAAAGGAGAGCUUGAAAGUCAGUGCCCUUCAAGUGCAACUGACUACUGGUAGCGAAUUUGAGGUUCAAGGUGAGUCCACUGAAGUGGUUGACAUGGAUGGUUGGGAUUGUAGUUGUAAAGGUUGGCAACUUACUGGUUUACCAUGCUGCCAUGCUAUUGCUGUUAUCAAUUGCAUUGGACGAAGCCCUUAUGAUUAUUGCUCAAGAUACUUUUCAACUGAGAGCUACAGAUUAACCUAUGCAGAAUCUGUCAAGCCUAUUCCAGAUACGGACUGGGCUAUGCAGAAUGAUUAUUCGGAAGCCGUAAUGACUGUAACUCCACCAACACGUCGUCCACCAGGUCGGCCUACCACAAAGAAAGUUGGAUUACAGGAGGCAAUGAAGCGCCAACUCCAGUGCAGUAAGUGCAAGGGUCUUGGACACAACAAGGCCACUUGCAAAGAGCUCUUGUAAAUUGUUGUAAACUGUACGUAUUGAGUAUUCGUGUUCUGUUCUUUAAAGCUUGCAUCAGUGAUACUGAAUACAUCAAUAUAGUGGCAUUGCUUCAUUCGAUUCCAUAUUUGAUCUAAGACUGGUUUCUGUGGAGAGAGCCUAUUUUUAAUAGACGGCUUGUGUAUUUAGCAUUUUUAUGUGCAAUUUUACAUGCAGCUUUAAGAAGAA